AUGGAGCGGCCGACCUCGGCUUCCGGCAUGCCAGCCGACGAGCUUCAACGCGAGAAAGACAAGUGGGAUGCAUGGAACCUCCAGAAAGGUCUGAGCCGGACGGAGGCGAAGAGGAGAUAUAUCGAGGCAUUGAUCGAGACGAUGCACAAAUAUGCGACAACACCCCCACUGACUCGUCACCACAGAGACGCAAAAGAACUAGUCUCGGAACUCGAGUUCGUAUGGAAUCAGAUCAAGAACAAUAGCCCCAGCUCGACCGACUCCUCACCGAAAGGCACAGGUUACACCGGUGAAUUACGACAGUUCCAGCCACCCCUGACCGGAUCCGAAGGCCCCCUGAAGGUUCUCAGCCCCAUGAGCGAGGACGAUGCGGCAGAAAGGAACUCAGAUGGAAGGAUAGGUUAUGACGACGAUGACGAAGGGGACGCGCUCGUGCCUAGCAGUAACUGGUCCCGCAGCGUGGAGCGCGCACUCGAGAAGCUGUCCGCCGAGGUCGCGGCAUUACGAGAGCAAAUAACAACAGGCAGAGAGUGGAAGUCCAAAAAGUCACGAAGCUUCCCAGCCUGGCUACGAUGGUUUACAUGGGUUAUCAUGAAACAUCUAGCCAUCGAUAUGGUGCUGCUAGCCUUCAUCCUACUGUGGAUGCGCAAGCGGAAGGACCGGCGACUGGAAGACUUGGUCCGGGCAGGGGUGAAAUUGAUGCGGGAGUCGCGACACUGCGAUUUCUACCUGAGAUGCGGUCAAGAAUCAGACUGGCACUCGGAUUUCGAUAAUAGCGACGGACUCGUGGGCAAGAUGCAAGCCAUAAGUGAUCAGUCGACGAGACUUGAAAAGGCAGGGGCCUCUGCUGAUUAUACCAUGGAGGAGGAGGAGGAUAUCCCACAAGCCGUGCCGGCUCUGGCGAUGUUCGUUCCUUUAGAAGAGAGCCUCUUCGAUCCCUACGACGCUCCGCGUACCGAGAUUGAGCGCAUCAAGCUCUGCCAAGAGAAUCUCGAAAAACACACAGCCGCCGUCGAGCAGAACCUUGUCUUUGUUUAUGAGAGAGAGCACAAGCGAAUCUUACAGGUUGCGAAACAAGAAGAGGCGGAAAAGGGCUUCAUUGAGACGCCCGCGGGCCUCAUGCAAGGCGAGGAAGCUCUCAUCAUGGAGUCAGUCCACGCCCCGAUACCGCCCGGCGCCGAUUAUAACGACCGGCACUUGUCCACGUACAAGCCUCCCGAGACUCCGCAAGUGAUGCCUCCCAGGCCAUCAGCACUUCAAUGGUCUCUUUACAAUGCUGGCCAAGCCGUGGGUCAGUUGCACGGAUACCACAACCACGCCCAAGAGCUCAAAGAGCCCUAUCAAGAGAUGUUGAACGCUGCACCCAAGGCAUUGUCUGCCGACCAAGGGCAGGGGGGUGAACCUGCUCGGAGCUAG